GUGAAGCAGCUGAACUCUGGCGCCAGUUUAUAAAUACGCUGUAGUUCAGCGCGGAGGCGUGGUCGUGAAUGAAGGGGAAGUCUACAGCUGUUGUAACAAUUGUCAGCUGUUUUCACAUCAGGCAUAUAAUUGGUAGCACUGUUAGCAGUACAUAUUAACCCACGAGCAGGUUCGGUGUGACGGCAUUUUUCAGUCAUGUCCAGUCCGAUGGCGGGGUUCCGCUUUGCGAUUGACCGGGGAGGGACGUUUACCGACGUCUACGCCCGAUGUCCAGACGGGCAGACCAGGGUCAUGAAACUACUGUCGGAGGACCCUGGGAACUACCCCGAUGCUCCCAGGGAAGGAAUACGCCGCAUACUACAACAGGAGACCGGUCAGCUGUUGCCAGCUGACCAGCCAUUGGACACAUCGCAGAUAGAGUGGAUUCGCAUGGGUACCACCGUGGCUACUAACGCUCUACUAGAGAGGAAAGGAGAACGCAUGGCCCUGGUCAUCAACAAGGGCAUGAAGGAUUUGCUGUACAUCGGCAACCAGUCCAGACCCCAAAUCUUUGACUUGGAGAUUGUGACCCCUGACAUGCUGUACGAAGAGGUAGUGGAAGUAUCUGGGAGGGUCAUCUUGCAACAAGAAAGAUGCGGGUUACCUAGGCGACAGGGCCUGGAGAUUGUUACCGGUACAACGGGAGAAAAGCUUGAGGUACGCGAAGACCUUAAUAAGGAGAAACUCAGAGCCGAUUUACAGAAGGUCCUUGACAAAGGCAUCCGCAGCCUGGCUGUUGUUCUCAUACAUGCCUACACGUUUGAAAGCCACGAGCGAGAGAUUGGCGAGAUUGCUCGACAGAUGGGCUUCAGUCAUAUCUCACUGUCCAGUGCUGUCAUGCCCAUGGUUAGAAUGGUUCCCAGGGGAUACACAGCGUGUGCAGAUGCCUACCUGACACCGUGCAUCCGGACUUAUCUAACUAGCUUUGCGGGGGGUUUCCGGGACAAUCUGCAAGGGAAGAGGGUGCUUGUCAUGCAGUCAGAUGGUGGACUCACCCCCAUGGAAAAGUUCAAUGGUUCCCGUGCUAUUCUAUCAGGACCAGCUGGGGGAGUGGUAGGCUAUGCUGUCACGACGUACAAGAGAGAAACAGAUCUGCCUGUCAUAGGAUUUGACAUGGGAGGAACAUCGACCGAUGUCAGCCGCUAUGCUGGGGAAUAUGAGCAUGUCUUUGAGACAACCACGGCAGGGGUGACAAUCCAAGCACCACAGCUGGAUAUCAACACGGUGGCAGCCGGUGGAGGUUCGCGGCUUUUCUUCCGCUCUGGACUGUUUGUGGUCGGUCCAGAAUCGGCCGGGGCACACCCUGGACCCGCCUGCUAUCGCAAAGGUGGACCCCUGUGUGUGACAGAUGCUAACCUUGUCUUGGGUCGUCUGCGUCCAGAGUUCUUCCCAAGUAUAUUUGGCAAGACAGAGGACCAACCAUUGGACAUGGAGGCGUCUGUCAAUGCAUUCAUGAAACUCACUCAGGAGGUGAACGAGUUCUUGGCCUCCCAGCCGGAGGGAACCAAGAAAGAUCCAAUGAGCAUGGAGGAGGUUGCCAUGGGAUUCAUUAACGUUGCCAACGAGACCAUGUGUCGACCAAUCAGAGCUCUGACUCAGGCCAAGGGGCACGACACCUCGCGCCAUGUGCUAGCCUGCUUUGGCGGCGCAGGAGGCCAGCACGCUUGUGACAUAGCCAGGUCAUUGGGCAUGUCAACUGUCUUCAUUCACAGGUACUCUGGUAUUCUGUCGGCCUAUGGUAUGGCCUUAGCUGAUGUAGUACAUGAGGCCCAGGAACCCUGUGCAUUGCGAUACGAACCCAGCUCCCUGGCUAAAAUUGACGACCGGAUCGACGAGCUAACCAGGCAGUGUGUACAAGAACUACAGGCUCAGGGAUUUGCAAGAUCCCAGAUUGAAACGGAGCCCUAUCUGCACCUGCGCUACGAUAGAACGGAUUGCGCCCUCAUGUGUUCAGCUGCUGACUACCCGGCCAGUCAGACUACGUGCCGCCAUGGGGAUUUUGAGUUAGCAUUCAACUCAAGGUACAAGCGAGAGUUUGGCUUCACCAUCCCGGGCCGGCCAAUCGUUGUAGACGACAUCAGAGUACGCGGUGUCGGUAAGACGGACAUGGUGGACGACAGACAUCUCAGGCCAAGCAACCAGAAGCCCAAGUUUCAAGUGGUGACGAAGUGUUACUUUGACGUCAAGUAUUGGGACACCAAGCUCUAUCUCCUGGAGGACCUGUCAUCUGACCAUACCAUUGAAGGCCCCGCCAUCUUGAUUGAGAAGAACAGCACCAUAGUUGUGGAGCCCAACUGCCAGGCACGAAUAACCGAACAUGGUGACAUCAAAAUCCAGGUUGGCAGUGGCAUAGUGAAGCACAUAGGCACCGAGCUGGACACCAUUCAACUGUCGAUAUUCUCCCACCGUUUCAUGAGCACAGCAGAGCAGAUGGGUCGUAUCCUGCAAAGGACAGCCAUAUCAACCAACAUCAAAGAGAGGCUAGACUUUUCCUGUGCCAUGUUUGGGUAUGAUGGUGGUCUGGUAGCCAACGCCCCUCACAUUCCUGUCCACCUUGGUGCAAUGCAAGAGACAGUCCAGUAUCAGAUGGCAUUCUGGGGUGACGAUUUGAGAGAAGGUGACAUGAUACUGACCAAUCAUCCGUGUGCAGGAGGGAGCCAUCUCCCCGAUCUGACUGUCAUCACUCCAGUCUUCUACCCUGGCUCCCCUAAGCCAGUUUUCUAUGUGGCAAGUCGCGGGCACCAUGCUGACAUUGGCGGGACGGUGCCGGGCUCCAUGCCGCCCAACUCCAAGCACCUCAAUGAGGAAGGGGCUGUCUUUGAGACAUUUAAGCUGGUCAAGGAUGGCAUCUUUCAGGAAGAAGCUUUGAUAGAAGCCCUUAUGGCACCAGGCAAGAUACCAGGGAGCAGCGGUACCAGGAAUCUCCAUGACAACCUGUCAGACCUUAGGGCACAGGUUGCAGCCAAUCAGAAGGGUAUAAAUCUGAUCAAGGAGCUGAUUGACAGCUAUGGUCUGGACGUAGUCAUGGCUUACAUGGGUCACAUCCAGAGCAACGCGGAGAUUGCCGUCCGGGAGAUGCUGAGGGAGAUCGGAAGGAACACGCAGGAGAAGCUGGGCACCACGAGGCUAUCAGCUCAAGAUUACCUGGAUGAUGGCACGCCCAUUGUCCUAUCCAUUGACAUCAAUAUCGAGGAGGGCACUGCAUUUUUUGACUUCACUGGCACUGGGUUUGAGGUCUACGGUAACCUGAACGCUCCCAAGGCUAUCACUAAGUCAGCAAUCAUCUACUGCCUACGAUGCAUGAUUGGCCAUGACGUCCCCCUUAACCAGGGUUGUCUAAAACCAAUCCAGUUGCAUGUUCCAAAGGGGAGCAUUUUGGACCCGUCGCACGAUGCCGCAGUGAUUGGGGGUAACGUCCUGACCUGCCAACGUGUAGUUGAUGUCAUCCUCAAAGCGUUUGGUGUGUGUGCUGCAUCCCAGGGCUGCAUGAACAACACGACAUUUGGUGAUGACGAUGUUGGUUACUAUGAGACAGUUGCCGGGGGCGCUGGAGCAGGUCCAACUUGGGAUGGUCGGAGUGGUAUCCACACUCACAUGACAAACACCAGGAUCACCGACCCAGAAAUUUUGGAAAGAAGAUACCCAGUGGUUCUCAAACGGUUUGAGCUGAACCCUAACACAGGUGGACGGGGAAAGUUCAUGGGAGGAGACGGGGUCGUCCGAGAAAUGAUGUUCCGUCGACCUUUGACUGUGUCAGUACUGACAGAACGGAGGACACUGAGACCGUACGGCUUAAAUGGUGGUGAGCCUGGUCAACAAGGGAAAAACCUAUUCACCUAUGCCAGCGGUCGCAUUGUAAACCUAGGGGCCAAAACAGCCAUCAGAGUCUCAGCCGGAGACACAUUGUGUUUGUGUACCCCUGGGGGUGGGGGAUAUGGCACACCCGCUGAGGAAGACGGUGAGGUGGACUACACCAUACUGCCCUCCAAACGGAGAUGCUACAACAAGAUGGCCAGCCAGCUUUACAUGGAGAAAGGGAGCGUCCACGCGUAUCGCUUGGCCCAGGAACAAGUCUGAUCAAAAAGCUCAAUUCAGAUCUGGAGAUUAUUUUCUCAACCUCCACAAUGACUAACAUGAAUUUGUGGAAAUUUAACAAAUAUGUUUUCUAUUUCUCAAAACCCAGCAUUGUUCACUAAAAAAUAAGUGGAGGGCUGUUUUUGACCUUGUGGACAUCUUUAUAAUAUUCAGUUCAGAUACAUGUAUUUCAUGUCAACAUCAUUUAAGAAAAGUGAUAACAGUAGUCGUCAUACACUGCAACUUGUACACUGUAGAGUACUGAAGUGAAUACGUCACACGCACAAUUAUGUGUGUAAAAGACAUAAGCGUGUGAUUCAGCCUGUAAACCGACACGCGCGCGUACUCCAUUCGUUUGCACUACACUUCCCGGUUCAAAAUGACGUCACAGUUUGGUAUUUUUAUAAUUUGUGUCUUUAUUAAUAAAACAAGACAUGUGUAAUAAAGCCUAGGACAUUAUUGUCACAACCACAGGAUUCAAUGCAUAGCAAUGUAAGAAGACAAUAAGGCAAGGCAAUAGAACAGUGAACUGGAAAACCGUUAUUUAAGAGGAAAACAAAACAGUAGUCGAUUAAUUUUAGGUAAACAAUACAUUGAACGAAAAGAAUCAAUCAAGGGAACUGGAAUUCGUCAUGAAAGAAAUUCAGAAGAAAGACGAGAGGGAUCAGUCAUCCACUCUGUCGAUCUAGACUGAUGUAUACAUGUAUUUGGAGUAGAAUAUUACAAAAGAUAGUAAUAUUAUAUAUUAUAGUAAUACUAUAUAUUAUAUAGCAAUAUAAUAAACAAAUAAUUGAGCGAUGUUAUCGUGUAGGAAAAGGAGAAGCAAUUGCUUUUUGUUCCCCUUCCCUAUGAAGACAAAAACAAAGAAUAUACUGGCACAAGGACAAAAGUACCUACAAAUAAUGUGGACAAGGACAUGUUAUGCAUGAGUGAGAUGUGGCAAUAGGUAUAUCAAAAAAAUUGGUUGUAAUAAAAAUAUAUAGAGCUAGAGAUACAAAUGAAUUAAUUGGUGUAUAAAUCAGUAUUCAUAAAUACUUCAGACAGUUUAGCUAUUCCUAUUGGUCGAGAGCCCGUCACGUGGCCGGUCUAAAAUGG